AUGCGAUUGUUUGGUGGUUCCGACGAGAGGUUGUUUAUGAUGAUGGGAGGAGCAAAGGUGGAGGUAAUGGAUAUGGAGAGUGAAAAAAAGACAAUUAUCGAGUGGUUCUGGUGUUUCCAGCUUUCCAAUGACGAUCUGACGAUGAUACAACGGCGAUAUGGCGGUUCCGACAACUUUCUAGUGGUUUCCUGGUCUGAUAGAAAAGAAGGAUGGAUCGAUUGCUACAACAGUUCCCAGAAGAUAUUACUUGUGGGUGAAGGUGAUUUCUCAUUUUCCGCAUGUUUAGCUCGAGCCUUUGGCACUGCUAAAAACAUGGUUGCUACUUGGUAUCUUGAUGAAGAUUGCUUAGUAAUUAACCAUCAAACGAGUUUAUCACACCUUGAAGAACUGGGGAGAUUAGGCUGCGUAUUGAUGUAUCAAAUCGAUGUCCACAAGAUGCACACUCACCCCAUUCUCAAGGGAAUGAAGUUCGACAUAAUCAUCUUCAACUUCCCUCAUGCUGGUCAUAUUUGUUAUCUACGUGAACAUGACACAGAAUUAAUCCAGAAGCAUAAGGAGUUGGUUGGAGCUUACUUCAGAAAUGCAAGCAAGAUGUUGAGUGAAGGGGGUGAGGUGCAUAUAAGGCAUAGAGAUGACUCUCCAUAUGAUAGAUGGGAUAUCGUUUCGCUAGCUGUUGAAGCUGGUUUGAAGUUGAAGGAGAAAGUGCGUUUUAGUGAGAGUGAGUAUCCAGGUUAUAUUCAGAGAAGAGGAGGGGGUAUUAAAACCGAUGACACUUUUCCAAUCGGAUCACCUUUCACUUUUAAGUUUGCUCUUGAUUAUACUAGACGUUAA